UGGGCGGCAGGGGCGGGGCGGGGCAUGGUAACGGCCCCGCAGCCGACCGGGCUGGGCCGCAGCGAGGCGGGGGAACCGGUGUCCGCUGCCGCCGCCGCCGCUCCAGCCCGUCCCGCGCGGCCCACGCGGGCCCCGCCUCGGCCAUGAUGAUCCACGGCUUCCAGAGCAGCCACCGGGACUUCUCCUUCGGGCCCUGGAAGCUGACGGCCGUCAGGACCCACAUCAUGAAGUCGGCGGACGUGGAGAAGUUAGCAGAUGAACUGCAUAUGCCAUCCCUCCCCGAGAUGAUGUUUGGAGACAACGUUUUAAGAAUCCAGCACUGUUCUGGCUUUGGGAUCGAGUUCAACGCUACAGACGCGUUAAGAUGCGUAAACAACUACCAAGGGGUGCUCAAAGUAGCCUGCGCGGAAGAGUGGCAGGAGAGCAGGACGGAGGGCGAACACUCCAAGGAGGUUAUUAAACCGUAUGAUUGGACCUAUACAACAGACUAUAAGGGAACGCUACUUGGAGAAUCACUCAAGUUAAAGGUCGUGCCCACCGCGGACCACAUAGACACUGAGAAGCUGAAAGCCCGAGAGCAGAUUAAGUUUUUUGAAGAAGUUCUCCUGUUUGAGGAUGAACUGCACGAUCAUGGAGUUUCCAGUCUGAGUGUGAAAAUUAGAGUAAUGCCUUCCAGCUUUUUUCUGCUGUUGCGGUUUUUUUUGAGAAUCGAUGGCGUGCUCAUCAGGAUGAACGACACGAGGCUUUACCACGAGGCCGACAAGACCUACAUGUUACGAGAAUAUACGUCACGAGAAAGCAAAGUUGCUAAUUUAACGCAUGUUCCGCCCUCCUUCUUCACCGAGCCCAAUGAAGUAGCGCAGUACCUACCGAUCAAGGAGGCCGUUUGUGAGAAGCUAAUAUUUCCGGAAAGGAUUGAUCAUAACCCUGCAGACUCGCAAGAAAAGGCGCCUGUGGAAUAGAAUGUGACGUACCACAUGCUCACCGUGGAAUCUGAUGGAGACCUUGGCUUUGUGGACAGGGGUAUUUUUCUUAGGAGAAUUAAUUGCCUUGUCUGUGUGCAGAUUUUCAGUAGCCUUAAAGGAAAAAAUAAAAGAUUGUUGCAGGCAGGUUCCACUCAGUUGCUGUUUGUACCGCCUAUUGUCAAAUUCAUCUUCCAGAUUUAUGUUUCCUGGAAUUCAGUUCGGAUUUCUGAGUUGUCAGGAGGUGGGACGUCACUAGCAGUGAUGUGUGUGCGUCUCAGGAGCAGUGGGCACACUCUGUGUCCUUUGUGGAACCCUGGCCCCUCCCGCGCGAAGGCCCGGUGAAACCCCCGGGCCGCAGCCGCUGUGACCGGCGGGCCUGCCGAGCGUGCUGUCGCCGCACGGUGCUCAGCCUGGGCGUGGGGGCGUCGCGCUUCCGGAGAGUCGCGACUCGCCCCCCAGGGACUCGACCUCGUGCUUAAUAACCUUCACCCACAAAUUAAAGAGAGACGCAUUUCCCCCUCGAUUUAAAUCGGCUCUUGAAGCUUAAAGAAAGUUUCAGACAUAGAACCAAUUCACCUAGCUUUUGGAGAGGGUAGGCUGCCGUGCCCUGGAAGCACGGGAACGUGGCCGGGCCCUGGUGCCCCGCGCGCAGAGCGGCCGCCUUCUGCCCCGGGUGCUGCUGCGGACGCGCUUCCCACGUCCCGCCCGGCUUUGCUUCCUUCUCCCGUGCAGCCGCAGAGCGAGUGAAGCCACGGAGUGCUGAAGUUGGUGUUGGUCCUAAAAUAUUUGAAAGGUUCAUAUGGAUUGUUUUUAGCACAUGUUACAUCAACCCCUAAAUAACUGCAUCAAUUUUCUGCUUAACAUAUUUGAGAGGUAGCUGUGGAGGAUGUGCAGGAGGCCUUCAAUAUAAAAGCCAGUUUUUUUCUUAUUUUGAGAUUCAUGUCGUUGACAUCACAGGGACUCCAGUAAGAUGCCAUUAAUGCGAGACCUGGGGAGUAUAGACGUGAAUUCAAAGUCCUCUUGGUUCUUCUGGCGAUGGCCUGCUUAACAUUUUAUGUUCUCUGCCUUCCUAAAUGAUCUUCAUAAAGUGAGAAUGGUUAUAAAGCACCAAGUAAGGAAUUACUUGAAAUUGAUUUUUAAAACUAAUAUCAUCCCCUUUUUCUUGGUUCGAAAUAACUAUUGUACAUAUUCCCUUUUGAUGGAUAAAUCAUUAAAUAAGAAUAUUUAAAAAGAAGUGUUAGCAUAGCAAAGCUCUUCAGGUGUUACCCUGAUGAUAAGUUUUAGUGAAACAAUAUAACUGAAGAGUCAUUUAUUGCUCAAACUCUGGUGCGCUGUUGUGUAUAUUGUUGUUUAGCUAAUUGUAUUAGCUAAAUUUGGUCACAGGUGGUUUAGGUAUUUGUUUGUUGUCUGUUGCAUCACCUGUAAGGUGUAGGAAAUCAGAAUUUUGUUGACUUUACAAAAACACAUGGCAUGUUCACUGUAUUAAAUAUACCUGUACUUAAUGAUUUCUCUUAGGACAGGAAAAUAUACAUAUUGUACUCAGCUUUUUGUUUGGUUUUAUUUGCCAUGCAGAUUUGAGCAGAACGGACAUUUUAUUCAUACAAAUUAUAAGAAAUGAAAAACUUGUAAGAAUAUUCAUUAGUUGAAGUUUCUGGGCAUCAUCUAUAAAUACUUUUAAACUUGAUUCAGCUGCUUAGUCCUUGAGUCAGGUUUAUUUUGCUCCAUUGUUAAAAAUUGUAGGGAAUUAAAAGAAUUGACUUUUUUUCUUUUUAUAGAAGGUGGGUGGUGCCUAGGAGAAUGCACAUCUGAAAAUGUCAUGAGUUUAUUCCUGCAGAAAAUACCAAGAAAACCUGUAUUUGCCCAUUGCUAAAUAAGACACAUACCGUUUUAUAUUUAUUUGUCCCAAGUGUCUUUUUGUAAGAGAAGAAUAAACAAUAAAGAAUUAUUAAUGUUUUGCUAUUUCAUUUACUUCAGUUUUUCUUGAAGCUUAAUUUAAAAAAUGGUUUGGACCCUGGCUGUUGUGGCUCAGUGGAUUGAGUGCCCGCCUACGAAGCAAGGGGUCACAGGUUCGAUUCCCAGUCAGGGCACACGCCUGGGCUGUGGGCCAGAUCCCCAGUAGGGGGUGUGCGAGAGGCAACCACACAUUGAUGUUUCUCUCCCUCUCUUUCUCCCUCCCUUCCGCUCUCUAAAA